CAGUCUAAACUGCAACAGUGGUAAGACAGUGAAAAGCUGUGAACUUGAUCACUCUGUUUUCCGCCUCAAACUCCUCCCACUCAGACCAAUCUGCAUCAAUGCUCCCACUCCCUACUGAUUGCUCAACCAGCACCGCUGCUUAUGACUUCGCCUCUCUAGAACAGUUGAGCGAUCACAACUGUAAGGUUUCACAAGGGCUUUCAUUUCAUUCCUCGUGCCACGAUGUCGUCUUUUGAAAAGACUUACCUGCAGUAUCAAGGAAUUCCACUUCCCAGAGCAAUCUAUUCUGAUGAUUUUAAGUUUGUGGAAGAAUUCAAGUUUAGAGACGACGACGUUCUGGCUGUCACCUACCCAAAGUCAGGUACAGUCUGGAUGCAGUACAUCCUCCCCCUGGUGUUGAAUGAUGGUGAUAUGAGAGCAGUACAAACCACUACGAACUGGAGGCGGGCUCCAUGGCUGGAAGUAAAAAGAACUGCUCCUAUUGUGGAUCAGCUGACACCUCCACGCGUGCUAGUCACACAUUUCCCCUACAACCUCAUGCCCCCAUCUCUCCACACUUCCAAAACCAAGGUAAUCUAUGUCAUGAGGGACCCAAAGGAUGUUCUGGUGUCUUCAUUCUAUUACCACCAAAUGGCAAAUUUCCUUGAAGAUCCAGGAACAUUUGAUGAAUUCAUGAAGAAAUUCCUAGAAGGAAGAGUGCAAUAUGGAAAAUGGACUAAUCACGUGAAGGGCUGGAGACACACUGAGCUUGGAGACCGGAUAAUGUACAUCACAUAUGAAGAAAUGGUUCAGGACCUGCCUGCAUCAGUCAGACGUAUUUCAGACUUCCUGUGCUGUAAUGUUAGUGAUGACGUCAUCCACAACAUAGCAGAGCAGAGCUCUUUUAUGAGCAUGAAGUCAAAGGACAUGUCCAAUGUCAGCCAUGCCCCAAAGGAGUAUUUGGACAGUACCAAGUCUACUUUCCUGAGGAAAGGGAUUGUGGGAGACUGGAAAAACCACUUCAGCUCUGAACAAGAGACCCAUUUCACAUCAGUCAUUGAUAAAGAGCUGGAGGAAGGCGGCCCCACCUCUAUGGAUGGGAGGCCUCAAAUUUGAAGUGAAAUUGAAAAUGCACUUUAUAGUUGAUCUCCACUAUAGUCUAGCACAUUCUUUAGUCGAUAUAAAAUCAAAUAUUGCAUCAUAUGACACUGGCACUUCUGCAGAGGCACACACACACUUUGUGAUCAGCAUCAUACGUAAGCACAGGACUAACACUAUUGGCUAAGGCUGAGCCGCGGUCCAGUAAAAUAGCAUGAGGGUCUAUGGGGCGGAAUGCAGGCUGAGCAAAAGAAAACAAACACCUUGCUUAUAUCAGUGAACCUCAAACCCGUGUGCCACAUCCGGUCCGCCUGACCCUUCUGGUUGAGCCCCCAACACUUUGGGCCCUAAUGUCCCCCAAUCAGGGGACUUGGGUGUUUAGCAGUGAAAUUCAUGUCCAAAAUAUCAAUAAUUGUUCACGUUCUCAAAACACAACUAAAGCUACAGUCAAAACUGUUUAGAUGGAAAAUUAAUUCCUUUUAAAUAUUAAUUAAGAUACAAUAAUACUUGAAGUUUAUUUUAGGAGAGCAUCUGACCCCCACGGGUUCUGCUGGAAAAAACUCUGGCAUUUGAACAAAUGUAAUCAAAGAGCCCUGGCCUACAUUACAAUGUAUCAGACUAAACUGGACAGCAAUAGCUCAGGAGGUUGAGCGGGUUGUCCAAUAAUCAGAAGGUUUCAGGUUCGAUCCCUGCUCAGACCGGAAAACUCUGCUGUUGUGUCCAUGGGCAAGACACUAGAGCUGCUGCUAGAGUCUUAACAAGAACCAAGAGGACUGAGCACAUCACUCCUGUUCUUAAAUCUCUACCAGAGAAUCCAUUUUCAAGUGCUUCCACUAGUUUAUAAAUCACUCAAUGGCAUGGGACUAGAAUACAUUCAGGUACUGGAUCUACCCCCAGCAGGACUCUAGGAUCCUUAGGAGGCAGUCAGCUGGUAGAACCGGGUCAGAACCAAACAGGGCGAAGCUGCUUUUAUCUACUAUGCUGCUCACAGAUGGAAACAGCUUCCUCAUUACCUCAAAUUUAACUCAGCUCUAGAAAGUUUUAAAUGAAAAUUAAAAACCUCCAUGUUUUCAUCAGCCUCUGAAUGAAUGUUCAUACUGUAUGCAGCACCUUCUACACUGUAACUGCUACACUUGAACAUUGCCUUUUAUUUCAUUCUUACAUCUAAUUUAACUUGUUUAAUUUAAAUUUUGAUUUAAAAAUCAGCAUUUUUUUGUUGUCGUGUUGAUUUUCAUGUUUUAUGUUGCAUAACUGCUCCUGGAAAGAAAAAAAUAGCAUCUGUGUAUGAAAUAUACAAAUAAAGCUGGCUAACGUUGUCUGGAA